AGGAAUUUAAUUCGACAUUAUCUUUCAGUAAAUGAUGUUGGAAGUGUUUUCAAAUUCUUUAAACCCAAAAUACCCGGAAAUAAGAAAGCGAUAUUGCUAAAUGUUAUAAUUAAGAUAACGGAUCAUAUGACUUCGUAAUAUGUACAGGUAUUGUGAGAAUACUAUUAUAUUGAUAUAUUUACGUUACUUUGAAUAUGUUAGUCUUUCUGUUAUAUUCAACGUCUAACAGAACAUAGAAAGGUUAAGCAAGCGUAGGCGUUCUUUUGUUGAGAACGUUAGUCGUUUCAAAUCACUUUUGACAAAUUCAUUUUGUAUUUUAUGACGAGUUUAACGUCGUUAGAAGAAGUUUUCACGUUUAGUGUACAUCAUACAUAUAUUUUUAUCAGGAAAGGAGCUGCGAACAUGAACAUUUGAUGUGUAAAUUAUGAUUCACCUAUGUGAAGUCGCUAGCUAUAGCUGAUGGACAAUAUACCUGUUUGUGGAUUAAUGUAAAAUAUAUUUAAUCGUUAAUUUAGUUGAUGGUAAUGAACUUAUUUGCAAUGAAGCAAAGGGGGUCUGGCGACAAUGGGAUCAUUGGUGUCAGUGACACCGGUAUGUAGUUCUAAAGACCUCAAGAUUUGUUUGCAUAUAAAACAAUUAGCUGUCCGAAGUUUAACUACUUACUGUAAAGAAUUAAGACAUAUAGUUGCAACAAACAUCUUCGAAGCAAAUGCCCGUCAUCAGUAUACCAGCAGACACGACGGGUCGCAUCCAAUGUUAAACCGAAGGACUUUGGACAGGGGAAGAUAUUCAUCAUUGAUUCAAAGAUAAAGAAAUAAAUUUCAUUAGAUAUAUUACUGUGCAACUACGUUUCAUAAUAGUGAUUUUAGAUACAAAAUGUUAAAGUUAUAGAUAUACAAACUGUUUUUUAUGAAUAUAUGAUUUAUUAUUAUGGCGAAUGUGCACAAUAAUGAUAAAGUCCCUCAACACGAAUCAGACGAAAAAAACGAAGAACGGAACUUGAAUUCGUUUUCAAAUGGUCGGUCAAGUUCAGUGCUUAAGCAACGUUCGUCGGCUGUACGCAUGUCUGAUCACCAGGACCAACACAUUAACACUGUGGGACGCAUUCCAAGACACGACCAAGACAAACAAAAACAAAGCUGGACUGAGACUGACAAACUAAAGUAUCCUGAGUACCAGACAGUUGCCGCUCGAGUUUCAUCAUUUAUAAACUGGCCAGUCCAGAUUAAACAAACUCCAGAGCAGAUGGCCAAAGCUGGUUUGUUCUUUACAGGUAUAGGCGACUGUGUACGUUGCUUUACCUUUGGAGGUAAACUACGUCAAUGGUGCUCCACGGAUGACCCAUGGACCGAACAUUGUCGUUUGUUCCCAUUAUGUUCUUUUGCCAGGAACCAAAAAGGGGACCACUUUAUAACGCAGACGCAAGAGGCUUUCAGUUCUGAAUUUGAG